GCUCCACUGACUGAACGCAAUACAUUAAAUAUUUUACGGAUUACUUUUAACGAAUAAGUAUAAAUUAUGGCUUCGACAAUUAAAAUUAAAUUACCUAAUGGUAAAGAAAUGCCAGCAUUGGGAUUUGGAACUUGGCAGGCAACAGAGGAGGAAAUUACAUCAGCUUUGGAUGCUGCUUUGGAGGCAGGCUACAGGCACAUUGACUGCGCCACUGUUUAUAACAAUGAAAAGGCAAUUGGGAAAACUCUAAAAAAUUGGAUAGACUCGGGCAGAGUUAAAAGAGAAGAACUUUUCAUUGUUACAAAGCUGCCACCACCAGGCAAUCGACCAAGUGGAGUGGACAAAUGGCUGAAGAAAUCCUUAAAAGACCUGCAAUUGGACUACCUGGAUAUGUAUUUAAUACACACGCCAUUUUCAUUUAAAGAAGUCGAGGGAGAUUUACACCCUGUGAAUGAAAAUGGAGAAAUUCAGUUGGACAUGACGACCGACCACGUAGCAGUUUGGAAAGAAAUGGAAAAGCAAGUUGUCGCGGGAAGAACGCGUGCCAUCGGUUUAUCUAAUUUCAACAUCUCUCAGAUAACGAGAAUUCUCAAUGUAACUACAGUUCCAGUUUCCAAUCUUCAAAUCGAACUGCACGUCUACUUUCAGCAGAAUGAACUUGUUGCGUUCUGCAAGGAAAAGAGCAUUACCGUGACAGCCUAUUCGCCGUUGGGUUCUAGAGGACUUGUCAAGCUUCUGGGCAAAACGGAAAGUCUACCGGACCUGCUGAUGAACCCUGUGGUCCAAGAAAUUGCAAAAACUCUCAACAAAACUUGCGCCCAAAUACUGCUUCGUCACAUUAUUCAGAAAGGUGUGGCUGCAAUUCCAAAGAGUACUACUCCGAAAAGAAUUCAGGAAAAUAUCCAAUUAUUCGACUGGCAUCUGAGUGCUGAGCAAGUUGAAAAAUUAAACAAUUUAAAUCAAGGACAAAAGGCACGUGUCUGUGAUUUCAUAAGCUUCUUUAAGGGCAUUGACAAACAUCCGGAAUUUCCAUUUUAAUGAAUUAUUUUUUAUCAGUAUAAUGUCAAGAUUUGACAAUUUAAUUGCGAUACUUGUUAAAUAAAUAUACUACAUAAAAUAA